AUUAUUCGUACGCUUCUCAGAGAAGAAUGGGAAUCCAAAAUCCUAUAAGACCCUCCUCCCUUCAUGCACAGCUCUGCCGCUUGCCUCCGCCGGCGAGGGAAGGGACGAGGCGCCGAGCCGGCAACCGUUUUCGGGGUUGCUGGCGGCGAUUGGCUGCGGUUCCGCAUCAAGGCUGGUCGAACGCUGCCCCUCCUGAUUGGUAGGUAGCUCGAGAUGGAUCUGAUUCUUCCAUAUAAGGUUGGGGACCUCGCGGAGUCCAAAUCCUUGGUGAGCGGUUACAGAGGUGCAUGGUUUCGCUGUAAGAUACAUAAUAUGCGUGUCAGGCUUGGAUACCUGGAGUGUUACUUGGAAUACAUUGAUUAUCCAGGAGAAAAAAAGGAAUGGGUUAGGCUCUUUCGAAAGAACUCUGCAAGGUCCAACCAAAAUUCAAGUGAUAGUAUUCACACCAUGAUAAGGCCUUCAUUUCCAAAAUGGUAUUUUGUGCAUGAAGUUCCUGAGCAGUUCCCAAAUAGUGAUGUCACAGCAAUUGUUGAUGAAACCUGGCAAAUUGGUGAUCGAGUUGAUUGGUUGAAGGAAGGUUGUUAUUGGUCUGGGACAAUUACUAAGAUAAUCAAUGAAGAUCUGGUCGAGGCAAAUGGAAAAGGUUGGCAUGCUGCUCGUCUACUUCAGCAUUAUAAAUCUGAAUCAGAUGAUGAUAAUGACGACAACGAUAGCUGGGAUGCCCGGCAAACGGUGUGCAGAGCUUCAAACACGCCUGAGGAAGCUCCAGGCCCCAUGGUCCCUGCACCUCCGUCAGCCACAAACAACGCUCCCAGCCACAUGUAUCAGAAGGAUGCUGCUGUCACAUCCACAGAGGACCUGCUGAAGCCCAGCUCAACAUCCAAGUCGCCAGACCCCAGGCACGACGCCCAAGCUAGCACUCAACCUGCAGGUACGGGGGUCUCCAUGAAGCCGGAACCGGUUAUUGGAGUCUCAACAAUCAAGAAAGAGGACUCCUCCUUGACAGAAGGUGAGGUUGAUGGCGGCACGGAAGAGUGCCUGGAGAAGCUGGGCGCGAUCAAAGCCAGGCUCAAAUACCUCAUGCAGGGCACGCGGCUGGAACAUGAGCGCAGCGCCACCUUCCGUGGGUAGUCAGGCAGAUGAAGCUGCAUCAAAGGUGCAACUUCACGCAGGGGUUUAGGGUUUAGGGCCAUCUAACGCCUGUUGUGGUUGCUGAAUUUUGUGUCCUGUGGUUACAGGUAUUAUUGUCCUGAAUAAUGACGUUGUGAAUAAGUGGUUUGUUUUUUUGAGUGCGGCAAUUUGUAGGAGCUAAGAGGAAUGUGUUGCUGAGUUAAGUUAUGAAUUAGACCGUGUCCAGCAGUUCACUCAUAUGGUCAUCCUAAACACCGUGCAGUAGAGUUUGAAUAUUAGUAUGAGGAUGGAUAAACUGGUGCAGAUAGCCUUAUGUUGUGAAUGAAUAUGUUGCUGAGUAAUCUUUUCCA